AUGGAGACAAAGGGCAGCAAAGCCUACAUUGAACCUGACAUCCAGUUCUGCCACAAUGAUGAAGGACCUUCAGAAGAGAAGGAAUCAGACCAGAACAAAGAUUUGUCUGAUCCAUCCUGGAGGUCAGCAAAUUGUUGGAAACAUCCAACAGAGAGUGACAGCGCUGAGUCCACCAUCGUCCCAUUCACGCAGAGCAGCGGGCCUCGUCACUAUCUGUCCAAGAACAGCGACGCCAUCGACUUCUUCAACCUGCUCUUUCCUGCAUCACUCAUGGAGCUGAUCACCAACGAGACCAACGCCCACGUCAAGACCUCCCAGUUCCUGGGCUCCUUCUACUUAGACUGGGUCCCAGUCACUACCCACGAGAUCAAAGGUUUCAUAGGCCUGGUUAUCCUGAUGGGGAUCCAGAACCUACCCGACCCAUCGCACUACUGGUCCUGGAGUCACUACGACAACAGCUAUACCUUCUACCGAGCCAUGAGCUUCAAACGCUUCAAGCAGAUUGCUGCCAAUAUCCGGAUGGGCAGCUUCACCACAGACGAGUAUCGUGGCACCGGCAAGUCCAGCGACUCGCUCCACAUCUUCAGGCCGAUGCUGGACACCCUGGGUGAAGCAAUGUGGAACACCUACCGGCCAAACUGCUGUCUUGCCAUCGACAGGGCGCUGCUGCCCAGCCUGGAGGAGGAGAGCUGCAGCACCAAGGGCAACCCAAAGACCCAGCCUCAGGUGUGGCUGCUCUGUGACUCCAAGUCCGGCUACUGCCACCGUUUCUUCAUCCAGGUGGGAGAGAAGGUCGGCCAGGAGCCGGGCUUCACUGUGGUGCCGGAGCUGGUGAAGGGUCUGGAGGAUAAACACCACCACCUUUUCCUGGCUAGUUCGCUUACGUCUGUCCCACUCAUGCAGAAGCUUCUGGACCAGGGCAUCUACGCCUCCAGCUCCUUUCCUCCACCCAACCCCAUCCUGCCUGCAGAGCUGUGGGAGGAGGGCCAGCUGGAGAAACCCGGAGACUUCCUGCAGAGGCAGUUUGGUCCUCUGCUGGCCACCCGUUGGAGGGACACCAAGGAGAUGGGCUGCUUGUCAACUAAUGCAGCUCCAGGUGAACAGGACACUGUUUGGAGGAGGUCUCAGACCAAAGUGGGUGAACUAGACCCCAUUGAUCGCCCCAUGGCAUUCCGCCUCCUGCAGGAGAACAUGCGAGGGGUUGACAUCUGCAAGCAGCUGCUGGCCUGCAACCCACUGGGAGGAAUCCCCCAGGACCGACACUGGCGCAGCCUCUUCUGGUUUCUGGUGAACCUGAGCAUCGUCAAUGCCUUCAUCGUGCUGCGGGAGAGCCGCAAAGAGAACCCACCUGCCUGGGUACAAGACGGCCUUUUUACUCAGGUCAACUUCCGCAAACGUUUGGGCAACCAGCUCGCCAAGUGUGCUCAGAAAUACUUUGAGACCAUUGAGAUCGCCAGCUCCCGCGGGAUGAGGGUGGAGGUGGCGGACGAACCAGUUAAACACAGACACAGGAUGGCAAAGAUCAGCCACAUCACCAAGAGGUGUAAGAACUGCUACUUGAGGAACAUUCGCCGUGAGAGCGUGUUCGGCUGCUUUGUCUGUAAAGCCAACCUGUGCAAUCAGCCAAGGUGCUUCUGGGAAUAUCACGGCCUGUCACCUCUGAACAAAGGAUCAACUAAAGUUGGAUUUCUCAAGGACAGAAUAAGUGGAGCAGUCGAGGUGAUCGAGGUUCAGGACAAUGUGGACGGGGCAAUGGCCCCUGUGGAGGACUUAGACUUUUCCGAAGAUGAGAGACUGGAUGAUCUGGACGACGUUGAUGAAGAAACUGAAGAUAUUAAGGAAGAAUUUCUCAAAAAAGAAAAACGUCCAGUGUCUCACCUGCUGUCAACAACGAACGGCCACGCCCAACCAGCAACCGUCUCGUCUGCCUCUAAAGAACGCGAUGAUUUCCUCACCGCCCGUCAGCUGAGGAUCGCCUUGUUCGCUCUGUGUGACGGACUCCAUCAAGCCUCAAGGGUCUUCUCAACUGACACGGAGCUCAUCCGGUCCUGGCUGAAGGAGGCCAGGAAGCGUUUGAAGCAAACUGAACAGGAACAGAAAGUCCAAGCCGACGGCGUUGACCGUAUGGUGGCCUGGGUACUGUCCAUGCGUGAGCAGCAGCUUCCAAUUACAGAGAGCAACCUCUUCCACAAAGCCUCUACGUUGAAGAAGAAGGGAGGUUUCAGUGACUCUUUCCGCAUCUCCUACGACUGGGCGGUGAGCUUCAUGCUGCAGCAUCGGCUCGGCAUACGGAGCAUUGGCAGGGAAGUCACGCUGGCUCGUGCCUUGCCACUUUCCCUGGAGGCAAAGAUCAAGUCCUUCAGGGAAUUUACCCAGAAGGUCAUUCAGGUCAACAAGCUGUCCGAAAGCACUGUAGCUGCAAUGGAUGAGCUGUGUCUCUUUGUGGACUUGAGGUUAGUUCAGGACAAAUCUCGCUGCUCGGAGGCCCUGGAACUCACUGGAUCUUUACCUCUGGUCACUGUGUACCUGACGGUGCUGGCCGAUGGCACCAUGCUGCCGUCCCUGGUGCUGGCGAACAGGGAGCUGGCUGAGAAAGCCCUGCCAGAGUUCAUCCUGCUGGAGGCCGGCCCAGAGAGUCUGUUAGUAGAAGAAGCCUUGGAUCUCUGGACUAACAAAGUUUGGCUACAGCAUGUGUCUGGUCCAACUCAGCCCAGCAAAUCAAUGCUGGUCUUGGACCGACACCGGGAACACUUAGGAGAUUCAUUCCUUACUUCCGUCAGUGGAUCGGGUACUCUCCCGGCUGUGAUUCCCGGAGGCUGCUCCUUCCAUCUUCAGCCCCUGGAGAUUUGCAUGAAGCCAGUUCUGCAGCGCUUCCUGCUGUCACGCUGGGCAAAGUUCACCGCUGGAAACCCAAAGGAGCUGGAAGAGCCGUCACCCCAACAGCUUCAAGCAAACGUCGCCCAGCUGCUGGUUAAUUGGGUGGUCGAGGCCCUGACACACCUGAACAAACUCCCACUGCUUUGGAAGAAGUCGUUUCAUGUGACGGGCCUCCUACCGUGGCAGAAAGAGGUGGUGGAAAAGACAAUGAGUCAGAAACCAGAGGAGAUCCAGUCAGACCUCCUCAAUACCCUGACAGAGACCCUGCUGGGGGCUGGAGCUCUGGAGGCCAGUUCUCUUGAGCUUCUCGAGCUGGAAGACAAAGACAACACUGAGGAGGAACAAGAACAAGAGACGUCAGAGGAGAAACAGCAGGACAAAGAAGAAGAAAAGGGGAUUAAAGAGGACGGGGAAGAGACAGGGAAAGAGAUGAGGGAGGACAGGAAGGAGAUGGAAGAAGAAGGAGAGGAAACAAAGGAGAGUGAUGGGCUGGAGGACACGGAAAAGGAAGGAAAAGACGUAAUCAAAUGUGUGGAAGACAAGGAGGAGACAGAAAGGGAGCGCAAGGAGGCAGAUGAUGACAGGCAAGAGGACAUUAAGAAGCUAGAGGAGGACAGUGAGGAGGAAGGAAAGGAGACAGAGCAGGACAGGAAGGAGAUGAGCAAGGAGAGACGAGAGACCAGGAUAGUGAUAGGAGAGGAAGUCGGCGAUGAGUGGAAGAUAACCGUAAAGAGCAGGACUGAAAACGCCGAACCUGACGGAGAGGAUGAUGUCAGGAUGGACGAAAGCUGACGGACAAUGAUAAAGGUCCGUCACACCUGACUGAGUUGUCCCCAACAGGCACCAGAAGGGACUGGAUCUCCGCGGUGAGGUGGUGGAGUCGCAUCGAGCUCAGACGGGAGAAGCGAGCAGCAGCGAGUCCCGCUGACUGUGACCACAAUACCUGUC